AUUAUCUGGAGAAAGCCCGCGGUUGUGUGAGCAGCAGCGGCAGUGGCAGCAGCAGCAGCAGCAGCAGCAGCAGCGGCAGCAGUGGUCCCGCCAGAUCCACCUCUGGAGGCAACAUCUUUAUAUUCUUGGGAACCACCCACAUACACACGAACACGGGGGAAGUGUCUGUGUCCUCUCCCCCUACUCCAGUCGACUACGGUGACAACCUCCCCUCACACACCGGUGAUGCCAACCGUAGCGAUCAGGUCGCGACAGGUGUCGCCACACGCCCCGCGCGAGUGUGUCUCCCUACACACCCCACUACUGCCCCGGUUGGUGGAGAUUGUGGUGAUAGAAGUACUAGUAACACCAGUCCUACUGCCGAUCAGAGGGGUGGUGACGCUUUAUAUUUUAUGAACACCGUUGAAGAGGUGUUGUCCCCCAGCCUUUUAACUGGGGCGUGUAGAGUAAGUAGUGACCCUACUACUAGUAGUACUACUAGGGAUAGUAGGACUGAAGAAGAAGAAGUAGUGAGAAUGAGUGAGGAUAUUUCACAGAGUGGUGAGUAUCCAGAUCUCUUGACUAUGAGCGGAGGUUUUGAUGAUGCGGUGUUUGCCGCUAUUUCUCUCUCAGAGGACAACCCCGCUACUCAAACCGAAAAUGAUUUGAAUGUAGAAGCUUUACUGGGUGAGCAUAUAAUGCUUACAGACAGUCAGCAACGUGGAUUGCUGACUGACGUUGAUGUGAAUCUUUUCCUCAACCCCCACCUUAGCUCACUCCAAGGUGUGUCUACAAACCUUGACCCCGAACCCAGCUCUCGUCCCUCCUCCUCCACAUCCCACAACUCUAAACUAAGUUCACACAAAGCCACAUCUCGGGCUAGAGCUCGCGAUGAGUGUAAUACUAUGUCUCAGACUGUGUUAAUAAGUAGUGAUGAUGAAAACUUUACCCCUCUACGAAGGAUCCGAGUUGGAGACGAUCUUAAUAGAUCCCGCUAUAUUGACACCACCAGUGAUAGCGAGUGUGAUAGUGAGGUUGAGCGUGAAAUAAUCGCACCUCCCCCACCCAAACGACAGAUUAAACGAAAGGAUGUUCGUCUAACUAUAGAAAAAAAAAAACAGCAAAAAUCUAAAAUCUAA